GCCCUAAAGCCCUUGGCCGGGACAGGACCCGCUCAGGCAGUCGCGGGUGACCCCUGACCCGGGCGCUCGGUACAGGGCAGACCAUGAAGGUGAAGGAACUUGAGAAGCCAGCUGUCCAAGCAUGGAGUCCAGCCAGCCAGUACCCUGUGUAUCUGGCCACAGGAACAUCUGCUCAGCAACUAGAUGCCUCUUUUAACACAAAUGCCACAUUGGAAAUAUUUGAGGUUGAUUUCAGGGACCCUUCUCUGGACUUGAAACACAAAGGAAUUCUUUCUGUCUCGAGCAGGUUUCACAAGCUAGUCUGGGGAAGCUUUGGCAAUGGGCUGCUGGAAACCUCUGGGGUUAUUGCUGGUGGCGGAGACAAUGGCACGCUUUCUCUGUACAGUGUGGCCCACAUCCUGUCUUCAGGAAAGGAGCCCUUGAUCGCCCAGAGACAGAAGCACACAGGAGCUGUCAGAGCCCUGGACUUUAAUCCUUUCCAGGGCAAUCUCCUGGCCUCAGGAGCCGGUGAUUCUGAAAUCUUCAUUUGGGAUUUGAACAACAUGACUGCUCCAAUGACACCUGGAUCCAAGUCACAGAAACCCCCAGAAGACAUUAAAGCACUGUCUUGGAACCGCCACGUCCAGCACAUCCUGUCUUCUGCUCACCCCAGUGGCAAGGCAGUUGUGUGGGAUCUCAGGAAGAAUGAGCCCAUCAUCAAAGUCAGUGAGCACAGCGGCAGGAUGAACUGCUCGGGGCUGGCCUGGCACCCAGACAUAGCCACCCAGUUAGUGCUGUGCUCAGAGGAUGACAGGCUCCCGGUGAUCCAGCUGUGGGACCUGCGCUUUGCUUCCUCACCCCUGAAGGCGCUGGAGAGCCACAGCAGGGGGAUCUUGUCAAUGUCAUGGAGCCAGGCUGAUGCCGAACUGCUGCUGAGCAGUGCCAAAGACAACCAGAUUCUUUGUUGGAAUCUGGCGAGCAGUGAGGUGGUGUACAAGCUGCCCACACAGAACAGCUGGUGCUUCGAUGUUCAGUGGUGCCCUCAGAACCCGCCUGUGUUCUCUGCUGUAUCCUUCGAUGGCUGGAUCCGUUUGUACUCUGUGAUGGGUAGGAGCUGGGAAGACCAGCACAUGAGGCAGGCUGACAAGGCUCCGGAGCAGAUGGCCCACGCAUCAUUAAUUCCUCCCUUGAAGAAGCCUCCCAAGUGGCUGAGAAGGCCAGCAGGCGUCUCAUUUGCCUUUGGGGGAAAGCUGGUCACUUUUGGCCUUCCCAGCAUCCCUGUCCAGCAGGCGCCGCAGCCCUGCCCCCACCUGGUCUUCAUCAGUCAAGUCAUCACUGAAUCAGAAUUCCUGGCGAGGUCAGCUGUGCUGCAGGAGGCCUUGGGAUCUGGGAAUCUCCUAAAUUAUUGUCAGAGCAAGAUUCAGCAAGCUUCACUGCCAUGUGAAAGAUUGCUUUGGCAGUUCCUGAAGGUGACCUUAGAGCAUGACUCCAGGCUGAAAUUCCUCAGGCUGUUAGGUUACAGCAAAGAGGAGUUUCAGAAGAAGGUGGACACACGCUUGAAAAGUGACUUGAAGGGAGAGGAAAGCCCUCAGCCUGAGGCACUCAACCCCAAAAGUGACAGAGCACACACCUUUUGCAGCCAGGCCUCCAAACACACUACCGAGGAAGCCUCUGCAUCCUCAGCCUUCUUUGAUGAGCUGGUCCCUCAGAACAUGACUCCUUGGGAGAUCCCCGUCACAGAAGACCCUGAUGGACUCUUGAGCCAGGCCCUGCUGCUUGGGGAACUGCGGCCUGCUGUGGAGCUGUGUAUGAGGGAGGAACGCUUUGCUGACGCCAUCAUCCUGGCUCAGGCUGGGGGUGCAGAGCUGCUGAAGCGGACCCAAGAAUGCUACUUGGCCAAGAGGAGAACCAAAAUCUCACCGCUUCUAGCCUGUGUGGUAAAGAAGAAUUGGAAGGACCUGGUAUAUGCCUGUAGCCUGAAGAACUGGAGAGAGGCACUGGCCUUGCUACUGACAUAUUCAGGGCCAGAGAAAUUCCCUGAGCUCUGUGACAUGCUGGGAACUCGCAUGGAGCAGGAGGGAGGCAGGGCACUCUCCUCUGAAGCCAGACUCUGCUAUGUGUGCUCAGGAAGUGUGGAACGGCUGGUGGAGAGCUGGGUGAGAUUCCAGCAAGCCUCAGGCCCCAUGGCUCUGCAGGACCUGAUGGAGAAGGUGAUGGUUCUCAGCAGGAGCCUGGAGCUGCAGGGUUCUGACAAGAUGAAUCCAGGUCCUGCCACAACAUACAGACUUAUCCAGUAUGCCAGUCUCCUGGCAUCCCAAGGCAGCCUGGCUAUUGCCAUGAGCCUCCUACCCAGUGACUGUAUCCAGCCAGCAGUUCAGCAGCUGAGAGAUCGGCUUUUCCAUGCCCAGGGUUCUGCUGUCUUGGGCCAACAAGCUCCCACUUUCCCCUUUCCCCGCGUUGCUGUAGGCGCUGUCCUCCACUUGAAGGAGAUGUCCUCGUGCAGAAUGGGAUUCCAGCCCCCUCACCAGGUCCCAGCUCCAUCUGCAAGGCUGAGGGCCCCAGCACAGCCCUCAUUAGUGAUGCCCUUCGUACCCUCCCAUCCCAGCCCUUCUCAGGGCGCAGGGACACAGUCCACAAGCAACCACCCAGUGCUUGGGCCUUUGCUUGCUGGCCCUGUGGUAAGGCCAGCUUUCUCUCAGCCGCAGCUGUUAGGAGGACAAAGUGCUCCAACUGAAAACCUGGUUGGAUUCUCUGGAGGAUGGCUUCUUCCUGGUCCCACUCCACUCCUAGCAUCCCCGGACACCAUGCAGCCUGGCUCUACCCCGCUGCCUGAAACUCCUAGACUGCUCCCUCUGCCUCCUAUGGGACCACCCAGCCUCAGCCCUCUGGGCUCCCAGCUCUCAGCCUCUCCUGCCAGUUUCCCUGUAGCUUACCCCCCUGGAGGGACAGGGGCUCCAUGCUCUAGUGCCCUCACAACCACUGGCAUCUUCACUCCUCGUCCAGGAUCCCAGGAUGCCUGGAAAGCUGCUCCAGCCACCCUGGAAAACCUCCAAAGAAAAAAGUUGGAGACAUUUGUGCCUCCAGCACCAAUUACAGCUCCAGUGAGGAGCCUCGGCCCUGAGCCACCACAGGCCCUGCUGCCACAGCCCCGGGCCUUCAGUGUGAGCCAGGCUCCUCCUGGAGCCCCAAGAGAACACAGCCUACAGCAACUUAGUCCCAAGAAGGUGGAGAAGGAGCUGCCCCCAGAGCAUCGGUGCCUGAAGGACAGCUUGGAGGCACUCCUUCAUCGCUGUUCCCUGGCUGCCACUGACCUGAAAACAAAAAGGAAGCUGGAGGAGGCAGCUCAGCGUCUAGAAUGUCUGUAUGAGAAGCUUUGCGAGGGGACAUGUGAGGAUUGCCUCUAUGGGAGCCAACAUAAAUAUUUCUCCUCCAGGAAUGUGGGUUAAUUAAAAGGAAACGAAUGAGUGGAAGCAUCCAAUCCAGACCGACAAUAGGCGAGUGCCCCGGCCUGCCCUUCCCUCCCACCACCGCCAGUGCUACCAGCGUGCCAAGGACGACCCUUUCUCUCUUUGCACUGACCUGCUCCUAAGGCCAAGUGAGGCUGGGACUCUUUUAAAGAAAAGAAAGCCUUGCUUAUGUGUAGGCUCACAGGCCAGGGACAGGAAGGAGACAGUGUUUUGCUCACCCCGCCGAGUGCUCUCGUCACUUCUCAGGACCUCCCUCCUCAGACGGAGACAGAUGGGCUCCUUGAGAGCGCACCAGAGGCAGGAAGGGAUCUGGGUUGCUGUGCCACCUGUUUUUCUCAACAUCAGUUUAAAUGUAUAAAACAAAAGUUUGACUAGCUGACCUCAGAGGUUCCUGGUCUUCCCAGUCAGUUGUCUGCACAGCGAUUCAGUGUAAGACAAGAAGCCGUGAGCUGAGGGAUGCUGGUACGUUGUUAGCUGUCCCCACUCCAGUGUUUAUUCCGUGAACAAAAGCAUGAAGGCGUAAUGCAUAAAGGGGACAAUGUUUUCUCUUUAGAACUGGAAUGAACUGGGUGUCAGUCAUAGCCAUUUAGGGAUACAAAGCAAAACCUGUGGGAGAAAUGACAGGCUGAUGCGUUUGGAGUCUGACUUUAAAGUUCUGAACUUUGAAGCACAAUGCUUCUACUUUUAUGCUGAGAGCCCUGGAAAAAUGCAGCUUUUCUUUCCAAUGUGGAACCUUUACAUUUUUCAGUCGCAUUGCUACGUUUUCUUCUGUACGCUCUCAAGUAGCUGUCCAGUGAGACAGUGGGAUUAACAUAUACUGUUGCUUGAUUAGGAAAAAGAAAGGAUCACUUGGGAGACUCAAGGGCACAGAUUAGAACUGAAGGAGAGAAAAAGGAGCCUUUUAUAAUAGAGCUGGAAGUGAAGAAGCAAGUUCCCUGCUAAAGCACGUUCCCUGCUGAAGGAGAGAAAGAACCCCCCUGUCCCCCCCACCUCCAUAAGUGUCAACAGGACCAGAAGAGGCAGAGGCCUGCCUUAGCCACUGUCCUUGCAAAUGUCAGAGGCAUUCUGCUCUUCAAGGUAGACCCUGGGGCUUUGGCAUAGGAGCUCCGUACCUUCAGGAGAAGAGGAAUGAAGAUAAGAAUUGGGCUGGCUCUGCUCCAGAAAGGCUGUGGAUGCCCACACCCAGGCCUAGCCUAGGGCAAGGAGCAGCUAUGGGGAAGGUGUGGCCAGAGCUGGCUCUCCUGCACCAGAGCCCAUCUCAUAAACAAGCCCCUGCUGGACUGCCCCUCUCCGGGGGAGAAGCUCAGGCCCAGGAGCAGCAAACUCCAGGCUUCCAAGCGGCUACUUUAGUGGAAGGUUAAUGUGGGUGAUUCACUAAUCCCCGCAGAUUAACUCAGUCAGGCCAAGCUAACUACUCAGGCCAUCCAGGAAGGCUGCAGGUAUCCUGCAAAAGUGGGAGGGAGCAAAGAGCUUAGAAGUUAAGUUUCUACUCCACUUUCCUCUCAGCAUCCCAGUGAGUUCAAGACCUGGGGGAAGAAGCACACAUUAGAGACUGCAGUAAAUUUAAAAGGUCAAGGUUCUGAGCAGCCUAUUAGCAACUGUGUGUGUGUGUGUGUGUGUGUGUGUGUAGUAUGUGUGUGCCAGGUGUCGGGGAGUUAGGGUAAGUAUCCAGUGUUCUGAAUCCUGCCUAUUUGAAAUCCAGGUGUUGGGGCCCUGGUUCCUUCUUCCUGCAUCCUGCCUUUAGAGGUACAGAUCUAAAAAUUGCCUUGAUUUACUGGUCUUGGCUCAAAGCUCCUGUGGAGAAGGAAACAAGGUAUAGAUGGCUGCUAUGAGCAAAAAAUGAUUGUCAGCUGCCGACCUCCACCACUCUUAGGCCCCUUGGGCGUGUCUGGAGUAUCUUUGGUGUUUAGGAGUGUCACCGCUCAGCUGAUGAAGUCUGUCGGGGACAUGGUAUCACAGAGGAUUAACACAUUUGGUAUGCAAGUUGGGCUUUGGGGUUCCCUCUUACCCCAUAUUAAAAGGCUUACUUAUUCCUG